GAAUAACACUUCCGGGUUGUUGUUUUGCUUCCUGAGUAAACAAAUGUUUUGUCGAGUCCUAGUUGUGAACUCAGCUACGUAGAAAGAAUGGUAUACGUGUCCAACGGUCAGGUCUUGGACAACAGGACCCAGUCGCCAUGGCGAUUGUCCUUAAUUGUGGAUCUUUUUUGGGCAGCGGUGGAGUUUAUUGGUCUUUUUUUUAAGACGAUGAUAAACCCUGACAUGACAAAGGAUGGAAACUGUGGUUCAUCACGCUUCAGUGAUGGCAGAGGUCCUCCAGGUCCCCCUGGUGGCAGAAGACAUAUGGGAAGAAUAAACCAUUUCGGAGGCCCCAAUGCUCCACCUAUGGGUGGAGGAGGAUGAGGAAGGUGA